AUGUCUGAUCCAGAGAUCAUCAUCAUUGGCGCAGGCCCGUCGGGAAUUGCGUUAGCUUACACCUUGAAAUGCAAACUCGGUUUUCGGGAUUUUACGAUCUAUGACAAGGCCUCGGGGCCGGGAGGAACAUGGCGUUCCAACACGUACCCCGGCGUUGGAUGCGACGUUCCGACAAUUUUGUACUCGUUCUCUUUCAAUCAGAACCCUAACUGGUCUAAGGAGUUAUGUGAGGGUCCAGAGAUUCUCGAAUACAUCCAAUCCACGGUCGACAAGUUCGACCUGAGAAAGCACAUGCAAUUUGAUAUCGAGUGCGUCUCGGCAUCAUGGGACGAGAAUGGGUUCUGGACUGUCCAGUUGAGAGACAACCUCACAGGCAUCGUCUAUACGAGAAAUGCCACAAUUUUUGUCUCUGCAGUAGGCGGCAUCUCCCAGCCGCGCGACAUCAAAUUUCCCGGUAUGGAAAAAUUCCAGGGGGAGAUCUUUCACACCGCUCGUUGGAAUCACAACUACGACUAUCGGGGAAAGCGAAUGGCUGUGAUCGGGAAUGGAUGCAGUGCGGCUCAAGUGGUUCCCGCUGUCGUGAAAGAUGUCGCAUACAUCAAGCAAUAUGCUCGAAGCGCGCAGUGGUAUCACGAGCGGCCGAAUCGCAUGUUCACCGCGUUCGAAAAAUGGUGUCUACAUUACGUGCCUCUUUGGGAAAGAUUCAUCCGACUCCGAAUUUUCCUGGCCAAUGACAAUCUGGUUGCUACUUAUAUGCCCGGCGCCCAUGCUGCAAGACUGCGUGCCCAGACGGAGGAUAACGCUCGGCAAUACAUCAAGCAACAAGCACCGAAAGAGUACCAAGAUUUCCUGAUCCCCGAUUUUCCUCUAGGCUGUAAGCGCCGGAUUUUCGACCCAGACUACCUCAAAAGCCUGCACAACCCAAACCUCGAUCUAGUUCCGCUAGGUAUCAAGGCGCUUGACGAGACUGGUAUCAUCAGCUCCGAUGGGGCAAAAACAGAUUUCGACGUUAUUGUGCUAGCGACGGGCUUCGAUGUGCAGCAAUUCCUGGUACCCAUGGAAGUAUUUGGUGCCAAUGGAAGAAGCCUCGCGCAGCAGUGGAAGGAGAACCGCGGCGCCCAAGCAUACAUGGGGACAUUCGUGCACAACUUCCCCAAUUUCGCUAUGCUGUUCGGCCCGAACACUUUCCCAGCACACAAUUCCGUCCUGUAUGCGUCAGAAGUACAGGUUGAGUACAUUGCCAGGACUAUGAUCGCACCAGUCAUUGACAAGAAGCUAUCCACUCUGGAAAUCAAAGCUCCAGCUGAAAAUCAGUGGGCCAGUGAUAUUCAACAUCAGUUGAAAGGAACUGUCUUCUCGGCCGGUUGUUCCAACUGGUACAUCAACAAGAUGGGGCGAAAUUCUGCAUCCUGGCCUGGAUAUGCUUCGACUUACUGGAAAGAAACCUUGAUUCCCCGGCCGAGUGACUUUAUCAAGACGUACUCGUCCAGAUUUUGCGUUGGUGGCGAUAGCGGUGUCGAACGGAGAGACUUCUACUUUUGA